AUGGGAGGCACAUGGGUGCAUUGGGGCCAGUCGAACACUUGGAGGGAGAUCGUAAGGUAUCGGAUGAUGAAUGACGUGGAGAAGUCGUUCGACUUCUCACAUAGUGUUGAUCACUACGAAUUGAACGAUGAGCUUCUUACCUCGGCGCUAAACAAGUUCACCAACAUCGAUGGCGCUCAUGGAAAAAAUGUAAUGCCUCUACCAUACGAUACGUUUCAUGUCCCCACUGCAAUCCAACUCGACGAUCUCUCCGCUCAAGACCGCAUCGAUGAGAUCGCGCCAUCACUAUCCCCACAGGAGCGCGCAGCCAUCGAAUCUUUUAUCUUAUUAUGUAGUGGAGCCACCCCUGCGACUACGAGUCUUCUGGAAUUCAUGCAUUGGUGGGCUAUAUGCGGCUAUUCCUACGCAGGCUGCAUGGACAUGCUGAUCACCUGGAAGUUCAAAGGCGGACAAUCAAGCUUCGCAAUCGAAUUCUUCGAGGAAGCGCUCCUGACCAAGCGUCUCGCGUACGCUUUCAGAAGCCCAGUCGAGCACAUCAAGGACACAGGCCUCAAAGUCGAAGUCACUACACGCGAUGGACGCCAGUACCACGCAGCGCGGUUAAUCUCAGCUUUGCCUUUGAACGUCUUAGGCGACGUGACUUUCGAUCCCGCCCUUAGUACUGGAAAAAGAAAGGCUACUGCGAUAGGUCAUGUCAAUCAGACCGUCAAGGUCCAUGCAGAGGUUUCGAACAAAGAUCUCCGCUCCUGGGCAGGCGUUACAUAUCCGCACAACCAGCUCAUGUAUGCCAUUGGGGAUGGCACAACACCCACAGGCAACACACAUAUCGUCUGCUUUGGCGGCAGCAACAAACACAUCAACCCUGAGGGCGACAUCGACGCAACUAAGCGUGCAGUCACAAACAUGUUUGUGCAACAAAAAGACGAGCCUAAGAUUGAGAGACUAGUAUUCCACAACUGGUCGAAAGAUGAGUUCGCAAAGGGCGCGUGGUUCUUUUCAUCACCUGGGUUCCUUGCAAAACACCUUGAUCAUAUGCGUCAGAGGCAUGGGAAUGUGCUGUUUGCUAACUCGGAUUGGGCACUUGGCUGGAGGAGCUUUAUCGACGGUGCGAUUGAGGAAGGCACAAGGGUUGCUUUCGAAGUGCGGAGAGAGUUGACAGAGCUCCGCGAGGCGAAGACUACCUAG